AUGACGAGCAUCAACUCCGCCAUGAAUUACUACCACGGCAGCAACUCACCGCCCAACUCAUCGGGGGCCGCUACGCCUACCACCACCGCAUCCGCCGGCUCCUCUGGCCUGUUCGGCGGCGGUCUGUACAGCGCCUUAGGUGGCCUCAUGCGCCGCUGGUCCAGCGGACCAGAAGGCAGCGGUCAACUUGGCCAAGAGGAAGACGAUGGUGCACACAGCACCGGGAACGGCGUCGAUGGCGUGUAUAGCUCUAGGAGGUUCAGGCCACACCACGCAAAUACAUAUCCACGUGUCCCCUCGCCGCUCCGCCCGCCUCCGUUGGAACCCCUGGUGCUCCACGGCUUCCGCGACGACACCCCGGACUCGGCGCGCCUGAUGACUGCCCCCGUUGCAGAGGAGAUUCGCAUCAUGAUCCCCGAGAGGCUGCGCAUCGAGGAGGAUUGGAAGUUGAUAUACAGUCUGGAUCAGGACGGUGCCAGUCUUGCCACCCUGUACGAGAAGUGUGCGCCUUUCAGGGGCCGCCGGGGUGGCUUCGUGCUUGUGGUGCGGGACGACGAAGGAGGGACUUUUGGUGCUUACCUGUCCGAAUCACCACACAUCGCGCCCCACUACUUCGGUACAGGCGAAUGCUUCCUGUGGCGUGCUUCCACGAUGAGCCCCCUGCCCCCUCCGCCCUCCGCAGACACGACACACCUGACGGGCCGCACGACCACGAUCUCAUCGUCCCCCGCCGCCACGACGAGACGAGCACCGCCGGCCCUGAUCCCCAUAUACGACACGGACCUCGAGACGCAGGGCACAAGCACCUACGACAUCCACGCAGACGAUGACGACGACCGGGGCUACACAACAACAGACGGCCAAAGCCAGCAGCAGCCCACCCCGCCUAUCAAAUCCUCCUCCCCGAUGCCGCCGCAACCGUCGUCCCCUUGUAUCCGCUUCAAGGCCUUCCCCUAUAGCGGCGUCAACGAGUACUACGUCUACUGCGAGCCGCACUGGCUCAGCGUGGGCGGCGGCGACGGCAAGUACGGCCUUUGGCUCGACGACUCGCUCGAGAAGGGCGUCAGCGCCACGUGCCUCACGUUUGGCAACGAGCCGCUCAGCGAUGAGGGUGAGAAGUUUGGCGUCCUCGGCGUGGAGCUGUGGGCCAUAGGCGCCAAGGACUAG